AGAAUGUUUGUUUGGUUUAAAGUAGUGGAUGAUGAGGAUCCACAAGGUGUUUGCAAUAGCAGCACAUUCAAACAGAAGCUAGAAUGGGUACCUCCAGCUCAAGGUACUCGAGUCUUCUCGUCCAAGAACCACCCCACCCCACUGGUCCGACCUCCCCUGCCCCCUUAGCCUCCGGCGGCGAGAACCUGCAGCAGGAUUCUUCAUGGGUGUUUAAAUUCCACCAGCGACUGGAGUGGGCGUACUACACGACGGCGGCGGCGGCAGCAGCUAUAUUGGCAUUUUCCAUCAAAGGCAACAAGGAUAUGAAGGAUUUGGACGACUACUUCAGGGACUACGUGAUCAUCAUGUUGGCUUCUGCUGUCCUGGUCAUCCAUUUCAUCAUCGUGACCAUACUCCUGCUGAAAGACCCUCUAAGGGCUUGGGGCUCCUGGGAGUUCGCUGGCACAUGGGGUGGGUUGCUAUCCACAGACGUAGGGUUGUGUGGUUACAGCUUUGUAGUCGGCCAGUUCUCAGCAAGCACUACAAUUGUCGGGCCGUUCUACAUGCUUCUCUUUUGUGUCUACUGUGUUGUGGUGGCUCAUGCUUGUAGGUUUCCAGUUGUAUUUGGGGCCUCUUCAACUUGGCUAUCGACAACAGGUGCCAUGGUCUGGGCACCUGGUGCAACAGUCAGCUUGGGAAAAGCUAUUUGGGUCACCGUGUUCGUAGGCUACCUCUUCGUUGUUAGAACUUAUAUGGUAAGCCAGCUGAAGACAGCAGAGGAUGAAAAGGUUAACCGUGAAAAGGAAGUUGCUGCACGUAGAGUGAAUCAUAGGAUGGUUGCGAUGGAGGCAGCGGCGGCGGCCAGAGUGGCAGCGGCGGAGAAACGAGCGGCAGCGGCGGAGAAACAAGCGGUAGAGGCGGAGGCCCGAGUUGCAGCGGCGCUGACCGGAGCGGCAUCGGCAGAGUCCUCCGGGGUGGUGGAGAAGGCAGUUGCGGAGGCAUCUGAGGUGGCGGAGAAGGUAUCAUCGGAGAAGGCAGUGGCGGAGGCAUCUGAAGCUGCGGAGAAGGCAGCGGCGGAGAGGGCGAGGGGAUCAAGACGAGAGUGUGAAGGAAAAAUAAACUAAAUGGCUAAAUAUCGACCCUAACUUUACUAUUAUCGUCUAACUUGAAAAUGGAAAUGACGUAAUUGCCCCUAGAAAUAAAAACCCCAAAGGAAACACAUCCUAAUUCCUAACAAAUACCACUCCUCUCUCCUUUAAGCCGCUGACGCCUGCAUCCAACCAACCUGCCGUCGACGACCUCCGCCACAAAGCCCCACCCAAUCCCGCUUCCUCCAUCCAACCGCUGUCGUUCUCCUCUCCUCCAACAGUCACUCGCUACUUCUGUCUCUCGUCCAGCCGUCGUCACACCGUCGCGGUGCAUCCUCUCCUCCGUCUCGCCGGCGACCCUUCUCCGACGUCCUCCCGCAUUUCAGGUAAUGGUGAUGUACUAGUCAAUAAACAUCAAUUAUUCAAUUGUUACAUUCUGCACCGUUGUUGUGCUGAUUUGGAUA